AUGAAAGAAAUUGCAGCUUUAAGUAUUGAACGUUAUAUUGAUGCACGUUCAAUUUUACCAGCUAAAUUUCGUACAUUAAUUACAUUUGGAUUAUUAGUUCUUAUAUGGACACUUGGUCUUUUAUUACCAUAUCCAUUUAUUUUUUAUACUUAUCUUGCUGAAACUACUAACAGUAUUUAUAUUAAUAAUAAAAAUUCAACAACAACAAUAUAUUCAUGUCAAUCAUAUCUAACAGAAAAGGAAUUACUUGUGCAUGAAAUAAUUUUAUAUGUCACUGCUUUUAUAAUACCUUAUUCAAUAAUUGUUUUGUUUUCAUUAAAAUUACUUAAAUUUUUACGUGUUUGGUUAAAACGUAAAGAAAAGUUAACAAGUACAAGUAUAACAAGAAAACGAACUCGUGGUGUUAAACUUGUAUUAUGUAUUGUUUUAUCAUUUCUUAUAUGUUUUACACCAUUUUGGGCAUUUAAAUUUUAUACACGUUUUAUUGUUGAUGAAAAUGUUGUACGACGACCAUUAUUACAACGUAUUUUAUCUUAUUUACAUUUACUUGUUGUUUUAAUAAAUCAUUUUGAAGGAAUACUUAAUCCAUUAUUUUUUAUUGUAUUAACUGAACGUUUCUGUUUAACAUUUUCAAAACAUCGACAACGACAAAAAAGAUUAUUUGGUACACGAUCAUCUGUUGUCAUAUUUAAUGGAGGUAAAAAAUCAACAAAAUCAUCAUUAACAUCAACAAUACCAGGAAAAAAUAUAGAAAUUAAUGGUCUUUUACUAUUAAAUAAUAAUCAAUUAGAAGAUAAUAAUCAAACAUCAGCAGUUUCUCUAUGA